AUGGACACUAUAUACAAGCUGAAGAUUUUUGUGAUGUUUCUGUCUCUGGCUGCCUUCAUGGUCAUGGUGAUACUGAAUGCUGGAAAUGCCACUGGGAUAUUCAAAGGUCUGUUCAGGACAACCCCUGGAAACAUCUCGGCGAAGUACAACACUGACUUCACACCAGCUGGCUGGACUUUCCUCAUCUGGAAUGUCAUCUAUGCCUGGCAGCUUGCCUGGCUUCUCUAUGCCUUGUCAGGGAUCUGUCGAAGGAAUGAACUUGGAUGUGUCUACAUAAAGCCAGACUUGCUGCCAAUACCUUUUUAUGUGGUGUGGAUUUUGAAUAAUGGCCUCAAUGUUGGCUGGCUGUUUCUGUGGGACCGAGAAUACCUCCUCCCAGCCCUGGUGUUCCUGGCAGCCCUCACGCUUACUACAUGUGCCUCCCUCUUCAUUUCACACCGAGCGUUGAGCAUCCAUUCCUCGUGGCUUGUGAAGGGUCACAAAGUUGAUCUCUGGCUCAUCCGCAUCCUAGUCCAGAAUGGGCUGGCACUCUAUGCAACAUGGACCACCAUUGCCACUCUGCUGAACUUUGCUGUUGCGUUGAUCUACAAGUGGAAUGUGUCCAAUGAGACAGCAACGACUGCUUGUCUAAGCAUCCUUGCUCUUGAUCUAGUAAUAUGGUUUUAUCUAGAAAACUUCUUUCUUGACAAGUAUGUCCGCUAUAACCUUACAAUCUACCCAGUGGUCAUAAUAGCUCUGACUGGCAGUGCAUGCAAGAACUUCUCGUUUUCAUUCACAACAACAAAUGACACUUUUAUAG